AUGUCCAGAACGGCGCCGUCUGAAGAUAAUGGCUCUGCAACGGACCCAUUUUCGUCUGGUUUCUUCGAAGCCCGUCUCAACCCGGACCAUGUUCACGAUGCCGCCCGGGCUGAGCCAGCUGCCCGUGAACCCCUCGGCGCGCCCAUUGCGAUACAAGACCUAUCCCUCGGUGAGAUACCGGCUGGAGCCGAAAAUGCUCGCCUCGUCAUAUCUCCGCGUGGGCCCCCGCCACUAGAUGACAGUGAAGCACUCGUACCGUUCGGUCACGGAGAGCUGCUCGCUGUUCUACAGUCUUCCAAGUCGGCCUGGUUUUCCCUCACCUUGGCCGCCGACAUUCAGUGCACUUUCUAUUACGACCCAGCAAGUGACAACCUUGUUCUGCGAAACUCAAGUCGGCAGCCAAUACAAAUUAGCCCCAUUCAGGAUGCCGAUGGCGACAAUAGCACCGCUGACGCGAGCCUGUACACCCUGGAGUAUCGCGAUGUUCACGUUGUUUCACCUGGCCCGUGGAGGAUAUCGUCGGCAAAGUCGUCCACUGUGCUUGUUGAUUUCCUGGUCCUCCGUCGGCGAUACCUUCUCGAGACGCAAACGGGAGGAACGCAGCCUGGGUCGAAAAGGAAGGACGUCCUGUCGAUCGGGGCUCCGGCUAAGAGACAUCGAAUUGAGGCCGAGAGCAUUGAUCAGAGCAUAGUGCUAAUUAGCAAACCACCCAACGUAAGCGAUAACCGGAGAACAGAGUCAACCCAACUGGAACUAGUCCGUACCGGCAACCCCCUGAUCACCCUUCAGCCUGGGCAAGCGGUUUUUGUCACAGCCCCGGGAGAAGUCCCUUCAGCUGGAAACCAUUCCCACAAGGAGGCUGUCGCUUCAUAUACUCAAGCUAUGCCAGAGAGCUAUUCACUCCUCCAUAUGCGCGACAUUGCUAGCACCAAGGGGUUUGCGUCCGUCUUCAGCGCUCGCCACGGCGUAUUUGGCGAUACAGCAGUCAAGGUUAUUCGGACCAAGCAAGCUUCGCAGUAUUCUUAUAUCCCGACCAUGGCGCAGAACUGGAAGCACGAAGAACAGAUCCUGCGGAAAGUCAAACAUCCGUCCAUCAUUAGGUUUUUCGGGUCGGAUGCUCGUCUCUACUCCAUAUAUAUGGAGCACUUGCCCUUCCCGGAUCUUAACGCGUGGAGGAACCGACCCCAUGAUCACUAUUUUGUCGGCACUGCUGCUGAUGCUGAGCGCAUCCUUCGUGAUAUGGCCUCGGCUCUCGAAUACCUCCAUGGGCAAAAUAUCCAACAUAACGAUAUCAAGCCGGGGAACAUUCUCUACGACCGUGAGCGUGGCCCUGUCCUCAUAGACUUUGGCCUAGCAUCUUCACACGGCGGGCAGUUAUGUACCGGCGGCACACCAUGGUAUGUGCCACGCGAGUUCAUCGAUGAUCUAGAAAGGGGGCCCAAAAGUGACGUUUUUGGUCUUGGCGUGACUAUGCUAUAUCUUCUGAGAAAAACUCCGUUGCCCGAUGUGACGCAGCGUGGUUGGAUAAUCUACAAGGCUCCCCGGGACAGUUCAGAGACGACGCUCAUGGAAGAAUGGUUAUCAAAAGUGGUGACAAUGCGGGCUGAGCUCGAUGAGACCGGUCAUGUUGAGUCUUUGGUAAGUGACAUGCUGAGCCCUCUGUCUCGAGAUAGAAAGUCCGCAAGAGAGAUUGUGGAGGCGAUGGUAUAA